AUGCUGCCACCCCCCCGUCUGUCGCAGUGGGAGCGGACCUGUGACGCGCAGCACCGGCGCGACAAGGCUGGCAUGUACGGAAGCAGAACCUACUCCGCUGAUCCUGGCACUCAAAGGAUCGGGCGCAAGACUCCGCCACCCCACCCUCGGCGGCAAUGUCUCUACUCUGUGGCCAUGCGGACAGCUCAGCUCCCACGCCAUCCAACAUCAGUCUGGUGCGAUAUCCCGCUACAAUACAGAUCUGUCCUUGUACUGUCACUAACAUACCCACAGGGCGUGUCCCCCCAUUUGAAGCGAGAUUUCAGCGACCUCUCUGGCUAUUUGCGCCCUACCGACGAAAGAAAUGCCGGAUACAAGAACGUUAAUGCGCUUUUAUUGUGUUGGCAGGGCGACUCACCUGCCAAAGACAGCCUGCUGCGUGUUCGGCAGAUUUUUGAAAGCAACUACGGUUUCCGCACACAAGCUUUUGAGAUUCCAGUUACGAAAAAUCCUAGUGUAAUGCUCGCAUCACCGCUGGCGGCUUUUCUCCGCGAAGCGAAUCACGAUCAGCUCCAUAUCAUAUACUAUAAAGGAUAUGGGUCUUAUGACUCUUCCGGGCGUCAAUAUUGGGCUCCAUUCGCUCAAUAUGACUCGUGUAAACUGAACUGGGCUGUUAUUUACUAUCUGGUCGAGUUUGCCCAGUCUGAUAUUCUGUUUUUGCUAGACACAUGUUUUGUCCCCGAAACCAUGCCGUCUAGCCACGGAUUAAGACAAGUAAUUAGUGCAGGCCAGAAAACUGCCCCAGACUCAUCGCAUUUCACAGAUCGCCUUAUUCAAGCUCUCCACGAAUUACACAGCGGCUCGACCUUCUUGACUAAACAACUGUUCGCCAGAAUGACUGCCAUCGCCAACGCCAAGACUUUCAUGAUGAGAGGCGAUACAAACAACGAUAUAGCUCUCGCUCCGUUACCACGACCCUGGACCACCACAAACUCUGCAGCCGCCCAGUUACGCAAUGGGCCACUGACCGAUGAGCAUGCCCCUUCUCACAGCGGGCUCGUCGCGACGACAGAUCUUGCACACAAUCGCCAAGUUGCCAGCUUAGUAUCAUUGUCUGGAGUCCCCUCUCCAGCCUGCGGGAACAGCUACCAGAACUCGAACCCAGCUAGCUACCAGAACUCGAACCCAGCUACGCACAACCUGUAUGGAUCGGUUUAUAGGUUCCAGCCCGCUACUACGAUUAGCUACGACAUGCCAGAUAACGCCAAUGAACAAUACUGCCCUGACUGCUCGAUAGGGUUCAGAUCUACUUCAAGCCUACAGCGACAUAAUGCUCGAUAUCACCAACCUCGAAACUUUAUAUGUUGUUUCUCAUUCGCCGGCUGUAAAGCUAGGUUUGAUAACAAAUAUACAUGGAAGAGACAUAUGAAACUGCAGCAUAUCUGUUUGGAGAGCUACGAAUGCCUAGUGUGUCUCCAGAAGACCGGUAAAAGCCCAAAGAUAAUUCGAAAACAUAACGUCGCAAAGCACCUGCAUCACGAGCACAGAAUUGACCGGCAAUCUCCAGAUAAUUAUGUGAGAUCCUGCUCCACACAACCACCGCAACAUCUGCGUUGUUCCAGUCAAAAUUGCUCAAGAGAAUUCCAUGGUCGUGAUGCCUGGACCUUAUGGACUGAGCACAUCGGGCAACACAUGAGUCAGAGUCAAGAAAUUGGUGUCGAAGAUCUCUUGAUUAAGUAUUCCGAGGACAACGGCAUUAUCUGCCAAGUCGAUGGCCAGUGGCAGCUGCUGGAUUUGAAGACCAAGAAAGGGCAGAGCAAUGACGGAAGUCUUGGGCAGUUCCAGGCGCAAUAUAUCUUCUCUAGACAGAUCGAACUUAAAAAGCUACACAAUUAA